UUUAAAAAAAAUGGGUUUUCUGGGUUAUUUGGUGAUGGCAAUACAACAGUUAGGUAAUAAUAAAAUCUGUGGAUAUAUAUAUUAUAGUUGGGUAGUAAUAGAAUGUGGAUUGUUUUGGAUAUAGUAUAUGGUUUUUAAAUUUUUGUAAUUUGGGAAGUGUAUGAGAUUUGGGUAAUGUCUAUUUGUGGAGAGAUACUGAACUAAGUACUUGUUCUGAGAAUUUCUAAGUCGGUGAUUUCCUUCCAAUUUUGUCUAGUAUGUUAGCUGGUGUUCUUUAGUAGAGUGAAAAAUCUUGUUCGAAGUUAGUUAUAUGGUAAUUACAUAGUGAUUGUGUUUCUGCAAGGGUUAAGGUUGAGGGGGCGUUUGAUUCAAAUAGAGAAAUGGUAAGGGAAUGAAAUCGAGUAGAGGAGAGAAAUGGUAACGAUAAUCGUUUCGUUUAUUGGGUGUUUGGUUCAACAAUGAAAAGGAAUCAAUUGUAAGUGAAUGGAAAUGAUUUUGUUACUCUUCUAAUUUAGAGGGUAACAUUUUGGGGGGUUUGGGUUAUCCUCAAGUAAGGGUAAUGGUUAACCUACUACUCAACCAAACAAGGAGAAAUGGAUUCAGAUUACUGAAUCCAUUUCCAGGUUCCCAAAAAGCUCAACCAAACAAGGCGGAAUUGAAUGGAAAUUUGGAACCGUGCUGCAGAGAAGCUUUAUGGAUGGAAGGACUAUGAAGCAACAGGGCAAUGUUUCUGGGACCUUCUUAUUGAAGAAGAAUAUUUGCCGUACAUGGAGCCCAUCUGGGAAAAGCUGCACUUUGGCCAAUCUUGGUCAGGUCAGUUCCCUUUUAAGAAGAGGUCUGGUGAGACUUUAAUGGCGCUAGUGACUCAUAGUCCGUUAUAUGAGGAUGAUGAGCUUGUUGGUGUUAUCACUGUUUCAAGUGCUGCGGAGCUUCAUAAAAACAUGAAAGCAAAUCAACCUAGGGAACCACAGGAUAACAUGAAAAAGAUUCAGUGGCAACAAAGGCCACAGAUUGCAUCAAAGCCACAGAUGGCUUCUUCUAUUUCCGAUCUGGCGUCGAAGGUCCUAGGACGCAUACGCAGAGAUGACACUUCCAGGGACGAAGAUGCAUAUGUUUUGGAUGCUGAAGAUGUGGUUCAAAUUAAGCAGAAAAUUGACCUAGCUAAGAAUGAUAGUCAAGGUAAAGGCUCUCAUGCAGAGGAGUCUAUGAUGGCUCAACCUGCAAAAGUGGCAGCAAAGUUUUUGGCAAAAUUCCGAAAGAAGAGCGAUGGCAACAAUGUUCAAACAAGUGAUGAUGGCCCUGUACAGAAUGGCAUCGGGCAACAAUGCUCUGCCAGAAACUCAAAAGAUAUUACAUCUAAUAAUUAUAUUGGUGAUGUCCGACAUUUCCCACUUCCUGGUAAAAGUGCACAUGUGAAUGAAAAUAGGAAGUCCUAUGAUUUAGAAAAGGUUCCUUCACUUGGAGUGUUUUAUGAACAUUUUAAGGAGCCUAUACUACCAAAGAUCUUGCCCGUAUUCGGCUUGCAUAUGAAUGAUAAGGAUGCAAACCCUGAGGUGGAAGAGCCUAAGGCUGCAGAAAGGGAAGAUGCUUCCGAACGACUAGUAGGAGCUAAAACUUCUCCUAGUUCAGGGGAGAACUUUUCUGGAAGUGCUGGUAGCUCGUCAAGCAAAGGUGAUAGUGAGUCGAGUUCAAUGGUUGAUUCUGAUAUUCAGUGGGAGGACCUACAGUUGGGUGAGAAUAUUGGUCAAGGUUCUUUUGCUGCUGUAUAUCAUGGACUUUGGAAUGGAUCGGAUGUUGCUAUCAAAGUUUAUUUUGGGAAAGAUUACAGUGAGGGGACCCUACUGGAUUACAAAAAGGAGAUUGGUAUAAUGAGGAAAUUGAGGCAUCCAAAUGUCUUGCUCUUCAUGGGAGCAUGUUACUCACAGGAACGGCUUGCAAUUGUCACCGAGUUUCUUCCAAGGGGAAGUCUCUUCAAGAUACUUCACAGGAGCAAUCAGGUGUUGGAUCUCAAGCGGCGUUUGAAGAUGGCUCUUGAUGUUGCUAGGGGUAUGAAUUAUUUACAUCGCAGAAAUCCUCCUAUAGUUCACCGGGACUUGAAAUCAUCAAACUUGCUUGUUGACAAGAACUGGAACGUGAAGGUUGGCGACUUUGGGUUAUCAAAGUUGAAGAAUGCGACCUUCUUGACGGCGAAAUCUGGAGGAGGAACUCCUCAGUGGAUGGCACCAGAAGUCCUGCGGAGUGACCGCUCCAAUGAAAAGUCAGAUGUAUUCAGUUUCGGUGUCAUCCUAUGGGAACUGGUAACUGUCAAAAUCCCAUGGGAUAAUCUGAAUGCUUUGCAGGUUGUCGCGGUAGUAGGAUUUAUGAAUAGUAGGUUAGACUUACCAGAAGACACUGAUCCUAGAAUUUCAUCCAUCAUAAAUGAAUGCUGGCAAAGCGAACCGGAACUGCGUCCUUCAUUUGAAGACCUUAUCCAGAGAAUGACUGGAAUACUUCAAAGUAUUCCAGCAGCCGCACAUCCUCCUGUACGAAAAAACUUACCGUUACCAUUUUAGGAAGCAAGAACACAGUGCAAAAGAGUGACAUGACAAAGGAGUCCGAGAAUGUAUGCAGCUGAAAACUGCUUCAUUGUAUAUUGUGUUAUCACUGUUGUGGUGCAUUACUAAUUUACUACCUCCAUCUCAAAAUAUAUUUUGCCAUUUUGGGGUAUCUAAAACAAUUCUGACUAUGGGUUGGGACCCCAUCUCAAUCAUGAUUUUAACCCAUUAUCCCUCAUCACAUCAACUGUUUCUUUUUUUCCCAAUGAAAUUUACACAUAAUUCUCAAUUAUACUACAUACUUUUAUCUCUCUCAAAUGAAUAUCUUCAAAUAGCCACUUCAUACUCCAAAAACUUCGUACCUAAAGCAAAUGUGCGCGAAUUGUGAUUUGCGAUGGAGGGAGUAUUAUGUUAUUUGUUGCGAUAUGUUUUGGCUGCCGGAGGUGGAAAUGUAGUGGUAAAUGUGGUUAAUACUUCCACGUUACUGCUGUUUGUGAGUUGUGCAAAUUCUGUGAACUGAUCCUCGCAGCUGAAAGAGCCGUGCCUUGUAUACAACAGCUCAUGCUGUAUGAUCUAGUGAGCAGUUUAGCGAAGGAGAUUAUAUGGUCUCUUUUCUUUCUUUCUUUCUUUCUUUCUUUUUCUUCAAUAAUUAGGAGUAUAUUUUUGGACUAUGGAGUGUAGUCCUUUUAUAGUGAAUAAUUUAUUGCAUUAAUUUGUAAAGAUACAAGUGUUUUUGGUGUAUUUUGCUGUAACUGCUCUCACUACAGUUAGAGAAAAAAAUGCUGUCAGUAUCCUUGCAAAAAUGUUUAUUCAAAUGUGCAUAUAUACAUAUACUUCCUCCGCUCUUUUAUUAUUGUAAUAUAAUCUUUAUUUGGAAGUUUCA